UAUUAUAAACUUUGCCACCGCUGAGUACGCUUACCUGUACGUGGAAGCGUUGUCUCGUCUCACCUGAACCGCCCGAGAUGGAGGGAACUGUAUGAUAUACGAGGAUAUCUAUUUAUUUAUUCGAUUAUUAUUUUUUUUUACCAAAGGCUUUUACUUGACUUCUCCCAAGGUGGUUUAUUUAUUUUCAUACCAGUGAAUACAAUAGGCAACAAAAAGCUAUUCCUACAUCGCGUCGGAAUAGAACUACGGGCACCAUUGUAUAAACAGGUUAGUAAUCGUGAAUAGGAUCCUCAAGCUCUCCAUCCAGCCAUGUGGUAGUCUACACAUCUUGACCCAGUUAUCAGUCAGCACACCACACCCCGGACCCACCCGGCCACCGCUCACUCCUCACCAGACUCAGCCUUCAACACCAGUAUCCCACAGACAGCAGCUGGUCUCAUGGCCCACCCCUAUGAACCCUGGUUACGGACAGCACCCCCUGGUGGCAGCUCAGAUGAGAUGAACGUUCCCUCAUGGUGGGACCUCCACACUGGGCCAGGGAGCUGGAUGGACCUGCAGGCGGGCCAGGGUGUGGGCUUACAGGCAGUUGGUCAGAGCUCCAUGGGACUGCAGUCCUCCCUGGGGCCUUACGGCUCCGAGCCCCAGCUGUGUACUCCUGCUCAGCUAGCCCAGCUGGCCCCAGCCUCACACUCAGCUCACUCUCACCUCUUCCCCCAGGAUGGCUUCAAGAUGGAGCCGCUGGGAGGACCUGAGCUCCUGCAGUCGGAGUCGUACUCCCUGGAGGAGCCACAGGAGGGUGCCGCCUCGGUCCGGCCCAAGCCCCAGCGCCGCUCUGCCUCCAGGGGCUCGGGCCAGUCUGUGUGCCGGUGCCCAAACUGUGUCCACGCCGAGCAGAUGGGCCAGAGCACUGACGACGACCGGAGGAAACACAUGCACAACUGCCACAUCCCGGGCUGCGGCAAGGCCUACGCCAAGACCUCCCACCUGAAGGCCCACCUGCGCUGGCACAGCGGGGACCGGCCCUUUGUCUGCAACUGGCUCUUCUGCGGCAAGCGCUUCACUCGCUCCGACGAACUCCAGCGACACCUGCAGACGCACACCGGCACCAAGAAGUUCAGCUGCACCAUGUGCCCCCGUGUGUUCAUGCGCAAUGACCACCUGGCCAAGCACAUGCGCACACACGAGUCUCCCUCCGGGCCAGGGGAGGAGAGGAUGUAUGGAGAGGGGGGAAGGAUGGGGAAGAGCUUUGACACGCCUUCUCCUCAGCCCUCCCACGCCACAGCCUCUGACACAGAGGCACCCCUUAAGCAGCCGAAAUGUGAGAAAGACCCCUCUGGGACAGGACAGUCCAGCUAACUGUAUCCCGUCCAUGUCUGGAAUGCUAUACCGAUAAUAUACAGUCAGUAGGCUACUUUUAGCCCUUUCUAUCAGACAGAGAAUCAAUCCAUAGUUUAUAAUACAUCUAGUCCAGUGGAGGUAGAAUCAUAGGGGGUUUUGUAUUAUAAAUUGUUAGUUUAUUUCUACCAGAUGCAUUGAACAACAUAAGGCAACAAAGGCCCCUCUGAUUUUCAGCAUGCAUCAUAUCACAUAUAACAGCACCAUACAGCAUAGACAGACAUAAAACCAAAGAGUCCAAAGCAAUUACCCAUAUGUUACAUCACCAACAGAGGACAAGCUGUCAAGUGCCUUGCUGGAAGGAUAUCCAUCUAAGGAAUCAAGGAAAAAUAUUUUUUAGAUGUUCUCUUCCAUUUAAAUGGCAACCAAGUGGCAACCAAGCCAGAGCCAAAGCUUGCUAGCUGCUAGGACUUCCAUUGCUGCUACUACUAUUAUACCAUCCAUCCACAGAGACAUUGGGAACGAGUUAAAGUGAAGAUGGUGCUUGAUGUGUUUACAGUGAAACUACCAGCUACUUGGAGAGAGAUUUAUUUCCAGGAAGCCAUCAAACUCUCCAGUCUCCACUGCACAAAUCUAACUGAAUUUAAGGCAAUGGAAGUAGAGGGUUAGAAUAUGUUGGUAUGUUGUGUUGACUUCAUUUUCCCACACUUUAACCCACCCCCUUGACUUGCUGUGUAUAAUAUACUUUAUGUGAGUGUAUGAACAUGUCACUGGAAAAUUCCACACUGUAUUUUUGGUUUUGACCACGCACAAUGUGGGCGUCAACCUUUUGCCAAAGAGCACCACAGUAAGCACCACUAUAAUUCAGUUUGGUGUGGUAUGUGGGCGGUGCAAGUAAAAAUGACUGCAUUUUCUCAGUAGAUGGCAAAUUAAUUAUAAGUAUGGCACUUGAAGUGCAGAGAUGUCUCACUACAGCACAUUAUGGCAUGGAAUUCAUACUCCAUGUUUUAUGUCAAAAAUAUAUUUUCUGUUUAAUGUACAGUAAAAAGACAUGAAUUGUGUUAUCAAUGUAUUUCACUUAAAUGCACCGUAUGUAUCAUCAUGUUUAAAUGUCCCUCAACUGUGACUGAAAAGCACCGUUGCUCAUCUUUUGACACUCCUUGUCUCAGCUAUGCAGGUGUGAAUGGAAUGUUACAUGAUGACAGCAUAUCUCAUUCACAGGAAAUGUGUAAUUCCAUGGUCUUGUCCCUGAUAGUGUAUGAUCCACACAAUACCAAGUUCACACUUCACAGAAUAUACUGUAGUAACACUUGAUAAGGAUUUCCUCGGACAAAAGACAGUCUGGAUACAUCACUACUCAUGAAAUGUAUGCUAGACUGAAAUGUGAGCUGAACUGAAAUCCCUCAUUGAGAGGAACUUAGGUAAACCAUAUUUACUUCCAGGAUAAGCAACAAUUCCUCCUCCAAGGUUGUUCAAGCAUAAAGCCAAAAACAGAUAGAGUGGAAUUGUUUAGAAACCAUUUUGAUAUUAAUUGUCAUAAAUAAUCAUUUCUAUAUUGAUAGAAGAUGCACUUUGAUAAAGUUUUAGGAAUCUAGUCUAGACCUUUCUAAAUAGGCAUAGGCCUGUGUGUCGUGGUUUAGGCUUCUUAGCUUAUUGUGCUCACUGUAAAACAAAUUAGCCUUGUUAGGAAAACAUUGUUGUAUUUUGAGUAGUGACUUAGUCAAAAUGUGCUUCAAAGGGUCUAAGCUGAGGUUUAGCUAUGUAGAGAUCUCUCACUGAGGUGUUUAUUGUAGCCCCCAUUAGACAUAACCCUAAAUAAAAUAAAACAAUGGUUUUUGAUGGUUUUACUUGCAUUUUGUGUAUCAAAUGUGAUGAAAGGACAUCACCUUGAGACUCAUCUAUUGCAAAUCACUUGGGGCCCGAUUCAGACUUAUGAAAUGUACGCCUUUCCUACACACACCUUUCCUACGCACUUCACAGUAGUUGGUAUUCAGUCUUACCUUAUACAGGUGCGGUUCCCUUGCGUGUGCUGAAUACAUUUAAUUAAACAGCUGAAAACCCUCCCACUUGCUGGCCAAUAGAUUUUGUUAUGGAGUUUUCUUUCAAUAGGGUUUCCAGUACAUUUAUCUAAAGCACCCCUUUAAAUGUGGUGUACCAUGUAUUCAUCUCCUUUUCAGCACCAAUUGGUGAAGCUUGUAUAUUAUUUAGGGUUAGGAAAGUAUUUAUGAAUAAUCAGUGGUGGAAAUAAUAUCCAGUUGUCAUACUUGAGUAAAAGUAAAGAUACCUUAAUAGAAAAUGACUCAAGUAAAAGUCCCCCAGUAAAAUACUACUUGAGUAAAAUUCUAAAAGUAUUGGGUUUGAAAUAUACUUAAGAAUCAAAAAGUCAAUCGAAUUAGUAAAAUAUACUUAAGAAUCAAAAGUUAAAGUGUAAAUAAUUUCAAAUUCCUUAUAUUAAGCAAACCAGAUGGCACAAUUUUCAUGUUUUUUUAUUUAAAGAUAGCUAGGGACACACUCCAACACUCAGACAUCAUACAUAGGAAGAAUUUGAGUCCGCCAGGUCAGAGGCAGUAGUGAUAACCAGGGAUUUUCUCUUGAUAAGUGCGUGAAUUGGACCAUUUCCCUUUCCUUUCAUUCAAAAUGUAAUGAGUACUUUUGGGUGUCAGGGAAAGUGUAUGGAAGUAAAAGUAAAAGUAGUCAAAAAUAUAAAUAGUGAAGUAAAGAAGUAUUUUUACGUAAGUACUUUACACCACUGUGGAUAAUAAUAAAUAAACAGGUUUGGAGAGCCUCCACUCAAUAAAUAUAUUGGUGAAUCAAAAAUACAGUGGUUUGAUUUAUCCUGAAAGUUGCCAAAUUCCAUUGUUCAAUUCUGAAAUUGAAAAGUGUACAAUAGGGGUUGAACAGUAGUCCUAUAAAUCUAUCCUAAUAAUCCUCACUAAUCAUGUAACUUUGAUGAUAACGGUCCAUUUGUCGUAAACUGUGCACCAGGCUCCAGAUGUAAACUGCUACAUAUGGUCUGCGUUCCAUAAAGAUUCAAAUAGGCUACAUGUCCCGAAUUAUUGCCCAAUUUGUAAUACGUUAGCCUAAUAUGAUCCACUACUGCUAGCUAUCCUCAGGAACAACCACACAAACUUGACA